UUUUUACGCAAACGAAAAUGCAAUCGCCAACGUAAUGAAGCUUUUUAAAUUAAAUACACACACGAGAGGCUGCAAUAAGUCGUAUGAUGCAGACCUCGUGCUGAAUCCACAGGAUCACCCUACCGCAAAGGUAGGUGAUGUUGUGGAAAUAUAUGCGCCGGAUGAUGAGAAUGGCACUCAUCUGCUGCUGCAGAUAACAGAGUUAAACGAGCAGAGCAAGACGGGACGCAAUGCGAUAAGCAUAGAAUCGGGUAUAGCGAUUGCUUUCCGCAUGCGCUCCUAUUCGAAUGUUGUGAUGCGCAUUGUGAAUCCUGCUGAUGUUGCGCUUGAUUCAAUUGAAAUAACAUUCAAGGAUCAGUAUAUGGGGCGCUCCGAAAUGUGGCGGCUGAAAACGUAUCUGACCAAUACCUGCGUUUAUGUAAAUAAGAAGAUAGACUACAAUGACAUGCAGAUUCGCUGUCAAGUGUACGAAAUGUGGUCGCAGGGUGAGCGCGUGGCCAGUGGCGUCAUAUCUGAGGAUACAAAGAUUGUGUUUCGCAGCAGCACCUCUAUGGUAUAUCUAUUUUUGCAAAUGUCCUCGGAAAUGUGGGACUUUGAUAUACACGGAGACUUGUACUUUGAGAAGGCAGUCAACGGUUUUCUGACAGAGCUGUUUCAGAAAUGGAAAAAGCUGGGCUGCAACCACGAGGUCACCAUUGUGCUUUUCUCGCGAACUUUCUAUGCGGCCAAGAGCCUUGAUGAGUUUCCACUGCAUAUGCGCGAUUGCCUGCAGUUGGACUACAAGGGACGCUACUACGAGGACUUUUAUCGCGUUGCCAUUCAGAACGAGCGCAACGACGAUUGGUGCACGGUGCUCGCCCAGCUACGCAAGCUCUUUACAUCCUACCAGGAAACAGUGCUGCGGUAUCACGAACGUGAACACAUGCACAUACCCCACGCGACCAAUUCGACGGCGACGCAAGGAAACUUUCUAGAGGUGCUGAAUAUUUCGCUUAAUACAUUUGAGAAGCAUUAUCUGGAUCGCACCUUUGACCGCACUGGCCAACUGUCGGUGGUAAUAACGCCUGGUGUCGGUGUCUUUUCGGUGGAUCGCGAGCUGACCAAUAUCACCAAGCAGCGCAUCAUUGACAAUGGUGUGGGCAGUGAUCUGGUGUGCGUGGGAGAGCAGCCACUGCAUGCGGUGCCGCUGCUUAAGUUCCACAACAAGGACACAACGCUUACUUCAGCCGACGACUACUCGCUGCCGCACUGGAUUAACUUGAGCUUCUAUUCCACCAACAAGAAAAUAGCUUACUCCAACUUUAUACCACGCAUCAAGCUGCCAAUCUUCUCGACUGUCGAGGAUCCCAACGUGGACGAGGUAGAGCGCAAUUUUCUUAGCUGCAGUCAGUCUGAGUACAUACACAACUCGCUCUUUGAUUAUGACGCCUACGACGAGCAGAUCUUUCAGCCGCUGCCAGCGCAGAGCACUUGCUCGUUGCAGCGCGUCGUGCGUGCCAAGAAGACAUCGGUGCCCAGCUUUGAGACCUAUGCGUAUCGCACCAACGAAUGGGAGAAUCUAACACCUACCAAAAUACCCAGUUUGCGUCGCAAGAUGUCCGAUCCGGAUAUACAUCAUGGCACUUCGGGCAUGCUGGCUGCGCUUAGCGACGCCACCAAUCUCUCAGAGUCGCUGGCUUCGGAGAAGAAUGCGCGACGCUCUAUUGUUAGCAUUGCACCGAUUGUGCGGCCUGGUCGCGCGCUUAUCAAUCCGUUUGAUCCGUCGCAUGUAACCAUCAAACUGACCUCUAAUCGACGCCGCUGGACACACAUUUUUCCCAAGGGCCCUACGGGCGUGUUGAUACAGCAGCACCAUUACCAAGCUGUGCCCGCAAAAUCCGUGAACUCCGUCAGCUAUCAGCAGCGCCAGCCCAGCAACAACAACAAUGCUGUGCAUAGCAACAACAAUGAGGGCGAGUACCAAGUCAACGAUGGGGAGCAGUGCGAACAAUUAUCGCAACACUCGCUGCUUAGCCAAAACAAGUCAGAGGAGAAACCCGACUUUUUCAAGCGACGCCACAACUCAGCUGCCAAUGUGCCCACUCUGACGGCCACGCAAACCAAGUCGUAUCUCUGGGGCGCCACCGGGGAGCAGGAGUGGACGCCUGCGAUUACCACAGGCGUUGACUGGAAAUCGCUCUCAAUACCCGCCUGCCUGCCCAUCACCACGGACUACUUUCCGGACAAGCGUUCGCUGCACAAUGACUACGUCAUCUCGGAUUAUACGCUGCUGCCCGAUGACGUUAAUCUGGACUAUGCCAAGAGUCGCGCCGUCUAUCGCAAACCUCUGUCCACCGAGGAGGUGUGCAAGGAGAUUGUCUCGCAGCGUCUGGCACAAGGCUUUCAGCUUAUUGUAGUGGAGGAUAAGCAAAGCAACUCCAGCUAUAUAUGUCAGUCCAGCGUGUCCAAUGGCAACAGCCAGUGCACGUCCGCAGUGCAGCCGCUGCAGCCGCCAAGUGAAAACAAAAAGGAAUAUCUGUUGUCCAUAGGUCGCAUCUUUCACAAAAUUUCGCUCAGCGGUUCGGUCAUCACUGUAACAGGCUACAAGCCCAGACAUCCCUAUCCGCCUAUUAAUGUGGACUAUCGCUAUCGCUUCCAUGCGCCGCAGCAUGAAACCUACGAAAUCUCUGGUGUCAACUUUACAACCGAGAAGCUGGAGCACUUCAACUGGAACCAUAUGGAUCUGUAUAUAUGCACGCGUGGCGAUGUCGAUUAUCCCUUAAUGGAGAGUCUCAAGUAUUGGCGCUUCCGCAUGUAUUUGCUGCCGCGGGAGAACAUGGUCAACAAGAUUGUUAACUUUGGCUGCCAGCGUUGUGACAUCUUCACCGAGGCGGUGGUGGACAAUACGCGGGAGCAGGUCGAGGACUUUGUGCGUCUGAUUGAGAACGUCAGCAAGCUGAAGCGACAGUUUGGACGCAAAGCGCGCGACAGCCCCACCGCCCACAGCCUAACCAAGCGACGCCACAGUACGAGUAUUAUAUCCAGGCCCCCUAACCAGGGACUCACGAACUCUCCGUUUCGCGAACGCGUUGGCAGCAAUCGUCUGCCCGAGAAGAGACCCAGCAUUAAUGUGCGCUCCAAGCUCGAGGCGAGUCGCAUUUCCCGCAUACCGGAUGCAACUGCUGCUGCAGUCUUGCCAAGCAACGAUCAGGAUGAUGGAUUCCCAGUGGAUGUUAAGUUCAGCGAGCAGGCAACGCUGCUGGAAAUCUUUGAGGCCAUGAAGCAUCCGGUUAGCGGCGUAGGCUACUUCUCCCAAACGCAAUCGCUGCCGUCUUGCACUUUUAUAUCCUAUGAUGCGCUUAUUUGGCUAAGAUCACGUUUGGAUCCGAAGCGACAGCCUUUGGAGCUACUGGAAGCCAUGCGCAAAGAGCGCAUGAUUUGUCAUGCGUCUGGCGACUGGAGUCAACCCGUUGUCGCCGGCUUUGUUUUCUACUAUGUGGUGCAGCAGGAUAAGAAGGCCAAAGAUUAUGCGCCGCCUUUAAAUGACUACAGCGCAUUUGUCAACGAAUGGCUGGAGAUUGAAUUCCAGGGCACUAGUUUCCUAUGGUAUGAUGAGCCAGCGCCUUCACAAGUGCCCAACUUUCUGCGUGAAGUACCCGCGCCGCAAUCCUGGACAGAGUACUGCAGAAAUAAGCGCGCCUAUAGAGAUUCUCAUUUGGAAAUUGAUGUGAAUCAGAAGAGCGAUCGCAUGGAGUGGGGUCAUGUCAAGCAUCAUACAGUUAUGCAGCCCGGGUUUGCUUUCGAGCUGGUUGUCGAAUGGGUAACCUCCUCAGGUCCCAUUGUUUCCGACUUGAUAUCUGGUUGGAUGCGCAAGGCUAAUCACUGUGGCUAUCAGCUGGUCUCAGUGCCAGCGGAUCCAAUGGCCGAACCCUUUACAGAGAAGUCGGAUCCCCUGCGCGGACCUAUCUUCAUUCCAUUAUGUGUUACAUUCCUACCCGAUGGCGUGCCACUCUUUGAAGAAUUCCCUGAGGAGACUCGUGCCGAUCGCAUGCUCUUUUUGCAGGAAGCCAUACUGGCCAGAUUUGGAUUUCUGCCCUGUGUGUUAGAGGAGAAAAGUCCCUGGAUCAAGGAUCUGCCCAAGGAAUAUCAGUACGUUCAUUGUACUGGCAACAUGUUUGCACUAAUUCGCUGUGCGAAUAAGAACUAUCAGGUGGAGUCGCCGAGUCGUCAGGAAGCGAACGUCACACGUUGCGUCUAUGGACACACGAACAAUACAAAUGUACCCAAGAAGGUGGGAUUCCUAUGGGCCUGGAACCAUAUGAUACCCAACAAAAAGUGGAAGGCGCAGACCAUCAACAACUCUGCGGAUGGUGAACUCUUUCAACUUCGAAUGCUGCGAGAUUUUCGCGAGUUUUGCUCCAACAGCGAUCAGCGCUUGGCAAACUUUUGGACACAGAGUCAGGAGCUAAAGCGCAAGUCGCUCAAGCUUGAGCAAAAUAACAAUAACACUGAUGAAAUGAAAGUGAAAUAAGUGAUUCAAGUGGGUUCUCAAUAAAAGCCUGCAAUAUUAUUAUUUAACAAAAGGAUUAUAUGGUAUUUAUAAUUGCGUUUAUUUAUAUUUAUAAACUCAACAUGUAAUUUGCAAAAGUUAAAUGUGCUCAUUUGCCUUUGUUGAUUGAUGCAAAAUGAGUUCAGCUUGCUGUUGAUGACGCUGCCAAAUGCCGUGAAAUGCCUAAUGCUAAUCUAUUUGGCUCAUUUAAGAGAGUAUGGGUGUUGUGACAGCUUUGGUCGUGUUGUGUUUGUUGUUUGUGUUUUGAAGUU